AUACAUAUAUAUUUAUAGCAACCCCCAUGGGGUGAAGGCGGCGAGAGCAGAGCUGGAGGGGGGGCUCAGGAGAGCAGCAGCUUCCUGCUCAAAUGGGGCUCUUGGGCAUCUCCCCACCAGCUGCACGGCCAAGCCUUCGCCAGCUGGAUCCUCUGGAAAAUCCCCCAGAAAAAAAGGUUUAUUUGACAGAAGGCUUCACACUUCACACAGCAGGAGAGCGCGCAGUGCUCCCACCGGCAGGACACAGGUGCCCCAUCGCCACCCCACCUGCAUCUCCCGAAAUGAAGGAAACAAGGGAAUGUCCCAGCUUUUUGGGCACGGAAAGAAGCAAGCGGGGAGGUUCCAGCCUGGAGAUGAAGCCGGGGGCACGCGUUGCCUGCCAGGUCACCAUGGCAGUGGUGUUCCUGGUUCUGCUCGUCACCGCCAUCGCUUUUGCAGUGCACGCUUUUCAACCUCGACCCCAGCCCUGUGCUCAGUGUCCGUUCGACUGGAUCGGGUAUAGAGGAAAAUGCUACCAUUUUUCGGAGGCUGAGAGGAACUGGACAUCCAGCCAGGACAACUGCUCAGCUCUCGGUGCUUCCCUGGCCAUGUUCGACAGCGUGGAAGACUUGAGCUUCACAAUGAGAUAUAAAGGCAUCUCGGAGCAUUGGGUUGGCCUUUCACGGGAAGGGGAGGAGCAACCAUGGAAAUGGGUGAACCACUCACAUCCGUCCCACCUGUUUCAGGUCCAAGGAGGUGGCUUCUGUGCCUACCUGGGUGACACCGGGCUCCGCUCCUCCCAGUGCAGCACGGAGAGGAACUGGGUUUGCACCAAGCCCGCGCUGAACAGCCCAGGCAAAGGCAACAAGACGAGACGAGCUCAAAACCUUUGCAUCAGCUCCUAAAUACCCAAAGCAAACAGGGGAAACAAGACAAAAGCUCAGAAACUUUGAAGGAAACUCAGGGGGGGAAUUCAGCCGGAAACUGCUGAAUAGGAACUAAAGUUACUACUUAAAUUUGCAACCCAACUUUCCCACGCAGUGACCAACAGCUGAUGAUUUCUCACGGCAGCACAGUCAUACGUGGCAAUGACUCAUUCACAACAGCACUGAAACAAAAUUUCAGAGCACCAGAGAAGUCACAACGCUGCCAGUGAAACCAUGCGUGUGCGCGCAGAGGAUUCACCCUAAGGAGACAUCAACAUGCAGCCCUGCACAGGGGGAAAAAAGGUCGAAUGGCAUCGGAUUCGAGUUUUUCCUAAUUUUUGGCAAGUUAAAUCAGCAGUUUUCAAGCUUGCUCGGCUGGGAAAAGCUUUCCAGUUCGUUAUGAGCAUGUGGAAGCGGUGCAAGGAUGGACCUCCAAGGAUUUUCUGGAAUCUUUUGCUUUGGGAAUCUUUGGCUUUUACGGUCUGCAGGUGAAACAUGGGGCAUUUGCAUGGCUAACUCCAUCCUGGGAAGACGUUUUUUGAGGAGCACCUCAGCUCGGAGACGGCUGGUGAAGGUGUGACGCUGAGGAUUGUAGGGUUUUUAGCAACGCUCUUAUUUUUGGUUGUAUUUGGAAAAAAAUAGCAUAAGAAACAGACUCCAGGAGCUUCAAGACCUGGCUCCUCCCAGCAAGCAGCCAUCUCCAAAUCAAGUCCACCAGUGCCACCUCCAGGACUGGGGACAUCGAAGCAAAUCCCGUGGAGGAGCCUCCUCGUACAAACACCUCGUGAGACAUGCAACCUUUUAGCCUUGCCUGGCUUGAUGUCGACUCGAUCCUGUACUUUGAGGGCUUUCGAUGCACUUUGAGCUGUUUGCAAGAUUUUCACAAGAUGAGGUGCCAUCAGAACCGGUGAGCAACGUGUUCGGUAAUGAGUAACGACAUCGUAAUUACUUCUCAAAAACAGAGCCAGCCUCAAUCUGGG